AUGAAUUUUUCCAUUCUUCUCCUUUUGUUGAUUGCUACCGUCGUUCUUGCCGAAGUUGGUUUAUUUCUUCUUUUUUUUCCUGAUUCUAUAGGACUCGAAAAAAUCUGUAUUAAAACUUUAGGUAUCCUUCAAAGUUAUAGUCAAUGUUUCGCGAAUUGAAAGGCGAGGGAGGCGGGGCAGGGGCGGGACGCGUAGCGUGUGCGUUCGCGGUUUUUGUCACGUGUUCAAUUCAACCGCCAUCGACUCUUUGAAAAGCCCGUUUUUCGCUUUUUUCAUUCCUUUUUCAAUUAUUUAUCGAUUAUGUUCAUGUGUGCAUCAAAAAAAUAGUAGAAAACAUUGAAAAAGAGCGGUUGCCGAGUUUUUGAAAUAGUCGGCGACAAUUGAAUUGAACUCGUGCCAAGAACCGCGUACGCACACGCUACGUAACAUUUUUGGAAAUUCGGAUUAAGUUUUACGAUUUACAGGACGCUUGCAAAGGUUGGAGUGAGUGGAAAAACGUGAAAAAUGCGAACUGCUCUGACAUUUGUGGAAUGUGCGGCCAGAUCCAGCAAGAAAGAUCAUGUUUAGGUCCGCUGAACUGUUGCAAGUUGGUUUUUUCAUUAUUUUUUUGAAUUUUAUAAAAAAUAACAUUGAAAGUCACUUAAAUUUGCUGUCGAAAGUAAGUUUUCUGUGUAGCACCCGACUCAAAACGGUUUGCGCCUGAUUGUAUCAAGAAUCUUUUGUCGAAGCGGCGGUAACCGUUAUUAAAACAGCAAUGCGACCGCGACGCUUUGAGCCAUUCCAAAUGCGACAGGAAAACUUAAAACCGACCCGAAUGAUGGAUUUUUCUAAGCUUGAAAUGUCUCUUUCUUAUUUUCAAAAGUGUUCCGAAAAAUGAGAAAUUUGGAUUUAGCUUGAAUCUCAAUAUAGAAUCCACCUUUUUCUGGGUUUCAUAGUUCAAAAUGACUGAAAUUUCGGCUCAUGCUUUCCGAAACCAAUUUUAACAUUGGAAAAACGUAGCUUCAACUCAUUUCCUUAUUCAUUGCUUUAUGAUGAAAGAACUAUUUUUUCAGAGGCGAACCGAAGAGAACAACGGCUUGUGGCGAAUCGCUCUGCCGUUUUCCCCGACGGGCCUGCUGUCCAGGCUUCAAAAAGAAAAUGAUCCCUCAUGUCAAAUUUUACUGCGGAGUUUAA